UUUUAUUAAUGCCGGCAUGCAGCGGGGGUGAAUAUAAAUUCGAAAUGCACAAGCAAGCAUUACAUUGACUUGUAUACUUUGUUUGGCACACAAACAACAACAAAAUAAAAAAAAAAGACAACAAAUGAAAACAAAAGACAGACAGAAAAGUGAGAAAUAAAAAUGUGCAUGUGCAUCAAAAAUACAACAAAUGCACUCACUCAAACUUGAGCUGGACUUGAGUUGAAAUUACAAAACAAAAAUACAAAAACAGAGUCAAAGUUUAAUGCAGAUGAAUGCAAAGAACAGCAAAAUGUGUGAUACAAUAAUUAAUAAUUCGAGUAUGAAAGGGUAGAAUUACAAUAAAAAAAAAAAAAUUAAAUAAAACAACAUACCUUGGGACAAUUAGAUUGCAUAAAUAACCAAAAAAGUCAAUUCACAACAUAAACAAAUAAUAAUGUAACCAAAUGAAAUCAACAUCAAAAGUAAAAAAUUUUAACCUGUAGUCAAGAACCUUCUAUGAAAAUCCUUCCAAAGUAAAACAUAUACAUAAAUCUAAGAAACUCAUUUAACUUAUUUCAAAAAAGGAAUAAACAUCACCCGAUCGAAAUAUGACAGCAAAUGGAGAUUACCGAUUACUCGGAAGGCCAGCUACUGACGGCUAUCGGACUUUAACAAACCGUCGAUCUCUAGUCUGCCUAAUAGUUGGCCUUGUUGUUGGAUUCUGUUUUGCUGAAUUGUUCCUUUUAUCUGCGCCGCGACGUCCCGAAUGGAUGCCAUAUGCUGGUCAUCAAAUUGGCAACAUCAAUGAUCCCCAUAAUAGUCACGAUAUGCUGGAACAAGAUGGUCCCGAAGGUGAAUUUGGUAGCCAUACGCAUUCAAAUGAAAAUAAUUCAAUAGCCAAUCAGCUGUACAAUGAAGUACGGGUUCUGUGCUGGGUAAUGACCCAACCGGCUAAUCAUCAAAAGAAAGCGAAACAUGUCCAACGAACUUGGGGCAAUCGCUGUAAUAAGGUUGUGUUUAUGAGUUCCAAGGACGAUCCAGAACUUGGAGCUGUAGCUUUGCCGGUUAAUGAAGGACGUAAUAAUUUGUGGGCCAAAACGAAAGAGGCCUUCAAAUAUGUCUAUGAGAAUCAUUAUGAUGAAGCUGAUUGGUUUAUGAAGGCUGACGAUGAUACCUAUGUGAUUGUGGAGAAUUUACGUCACAUGUUGUAUCCAUAUAAUCCAGAAGAUCCAAUGUAUUUUGGUUGUAAAUUUAAGCCUUAUGUUAAGCAGGGUUACAUGUCUGGUGGAGCUGGAUAUGUUUUGAGUAAAGAAGCUUUACGAUUAUUCGUUGAGAAAGGUCUUACAGAACCCAAAUUGUGUAGACCUGAUAAUGAAGGUGCUGAAGAUGUUGAAAUGGGUAAAUGUAUGCAGAAUCUUGGUGUUUUUGCUGGCGAUUCAAGAGACACCAAUGGACGGGGGAGAUUCUUUCCAUUUGUACCCGAACAUCAUUUGAUACCGGGCCAUGUCGAUAAGAGUUUCUGGUACUGGCAGUACAUAUUUUAUGAGACUGAUGAGGGACUUGACUGUUGUUCAGAUAAUGCUGUGUCCUUCCAUUACGUCUCACCAAAUCAAAUGUACGUCCUCGAUUAUCUAAUAUACCAUCUUCGGCCAUAUGGUAAAAUUUUUACACCUGAUGUCCUGCCACCAAAGAUCUCCAAAGAAGAAUAUUUAGCUCAAGGAAAGACUAAAACUGAUGUUAAAAUAACAAAAUCAAAUACAAAAACCACAACAGAUUAGUUAGAAAAAAAGAAAAAAAUAGAACCUCAGUAUAAAAAGCAUUACAAAAGACGAUCACGAUUAUGUGUUCACUAAACUAACAACUAAAAAUUUUAAAUAAUAUUUGAAGAACCUCCUUUAGUCAUCUUUUAUGUUGCUAAAUCAUAAAUAAUAAAAAAAAAUUAAAAGUAUUCAAAUAAUUAAAAUAAAAUCAAAGACUUUAAUAUUUUAUUGUAAAAAUAAAAAUAAAAUAUUUGAAAACAAAAAACAUUGUAAAAAUACAAAUUGAAUAUUUCUUAGAACCUUUGCUCCUCCCAGAUUCAUUAUUCUGCAUUGUUAUUUUAUUAUAUGAAUUUUUCAAAAAUUAAAAAUACUAUCCCAUUUAAAUUUAAUUCGAAAAAUUGUGAAUUUAAAAGAAAGUCCAAUGAAACCUACUUAAAUAUAAAUCCUUUAAUGUA